CGGUGCCGGAGGCCACGCGCCAUCUGCUGGCCUCCGUCACCGGCCACAUGGAGGCGGCCAGCGACUCGCUGUUUGGCCAGCUGAACAACGUGCGCACGCCGCGCCAGAGCCCGACGCACAUGUCUCGCUCGCCGUCGCCGCCGCUCUUCGACGACGCAGCGCCGCCGCAAGACACCGACGUGGCCUUCAGCGCGGCGUUCGGCCAAACCGUGGAGGAGCUGAGUGAUCACGAGGAUGCGCGAGCUGCGAGUCCGGCUCAGCCGGCGGAGAUCGAUCUCUGGGAUUCAGCUCCCGUGGCCAAGGCCAAGACCAAUGACCAGAUCCUGAGCCUGUUCAACGCGCCGUCCACACAGCAGCGCCAGGAGGUGGAUCUGCUAAGCAGCUCGUUCCACGACGAAGCGCCGCCACCGCCACCAGAAAACCUUCUGGAUGGACCGUUGCCGCCAACGCCGGUGGUCACCAUUCUGGAAGGUUCUCCGAUCAAGUCCAGCGUUCAGGCUCAGUCUGAGGAUGCGCCACAGCCCGCGGCACCAGCUGCAACGGUCCCGGAUGCCGAAGAAAAACAAGAGGAAGAUGAGGGGGCUGCGCAGCUGGCGCCGCCACCGCCGCCAGCGGCCAAGCCGUCAUCUCCCUCGGAGGAGGUGGCUCUGCGACCGCUGGAGCUGGAGCUGGACACGCCGGUGGUGACGCUGACCGAGUCGACAGUCGAGCCGCCGGAGGAUCCGAGCAAGGCGCACACAGCGGCCGCCUUCAUGGAGGAGUUCUGCUCGCCGGUAGUGCCGGCGUCCCACAUCACGCCGCCGUCUCCGAUGAGUCCAAUCGGACCCUCGCCGCUACCGUCUGUGACCACCACACCCAUCCUGGCGGAGGGCCCGCCUCCGGGCCAGUACCAGCCGUCUGUGCCGGCCGAAGAGGCCGCGCGGCCGCCUCCGCCGCCGCCGCCAGCACCGGAGCCGGUGCAGAAGCCAGCCCGCCCGCCGCCUCCGCCGCGGCCGCCUCUGCCCGGUCCCGCGAUGCCGCCCGCCCCGCCAGUCUCCCCGUUCAGCGUCUUCGAGGCCGCGUCGGAGCCUCCCGCUGCCGACGUCUCGGCCUUCAGCCUCGGCCCGACGGUGACGCCCUCGGCGCCGCUGCCGUCGCCGCUGAGCCUCUUCGACACGCCUCCGGCGUCGCCGCCGCCCUCGCCCAAUCCGUUCCUGGACACGGCGGAGGCUGAGGCCGGGGCAGCGCCGGAGGACGCGUUUGACGCGUUCGCGGCACGCUUCGAGAAGGCGGCGGACGAGACGGUCGCUGCUGACCCGUUCGAUCCGUUCGCUGGUGCCGCCGGAGCAACGGAGUCGAAAGCGCCGCAGCAGGAUUGGGUCUCCCAGUCGCAGGUGCCGACGCUGGCGCCGCCGCCGCGACCGGCUGUCGCCGCCUUCCAGGACAACGCCAGCAUCAACCCAUUCGCCAGCGCUGCCAUGGACCUCAACCUGGAGCUGGCGCAAGCCAAAGCCACGCCGCUCUUCGACGACGACAUCUCGCAGCCGCUGGAGCCGUUCCCGCGCACCGUCUGGGAAACGGCCGAGUUCGACAUGUUCCUGCGUCAGCCUAACAAGAAGAAGAUCACCGGGCAGCGCUUUUGGAAGAAGAUAUUUGUUCGGCUGGCCGACAACGCCGUGCUGCAGCUGUUCCACGACCGCAAGGACGCCGACCCCUUCCAGGAGCUGCCGCUGCAGGCGUGCUACUCGGUCUCAGAUGUCGGUGCUCAGCAGUAUGAUCAGUACGGUAAAAUAUUCACCGUAAAGCUGCAAUAUAUCUUCUACAAGGAGCGACCCGGUGUUCGUCCAGGGCAAAUGACGAAGGCUGAGCGCAUCACGAAGAAGAUCGGCCAGUUCGCCAUCUCCGCCUGGGAGGGCGACUACGACCGGGUCAAGGAGUUCGCCAGCGACGUGCGGAAGCUGGGCAUGCCGGUGGAGCACGCGCCUCAGAUCUCCCAGCUGCUCAAGCUGGGCACGCAGCAGUACGAGGAUGUCAAGAGAUUCGCCUCCUACGUCGAGGAAACCUUGUUUCAUCUACAUACUGAGGAGGUGCAGAUCACGGGCGUGGACGAGGUGGGGAAAGAGGUGGUGGGACGCCAUGACAUCAUUCCGGUGGCCACCGAGGAGUGGAUCCGCCUCGAGGACGUCGAGUUCCACAACGCCAUCGACCUGCAGGCUUUCAAGGAGUCGCAGAUCCUGAAGUUUAAACCCCCUGACGGGUGCUACAUUGAGCUGAUGAGGUUUCGGGUUCGGCCGCCCAAGAGUCGAGAGCUGCCGCUGCAGGCCAAGAUCAAGUACACCAUCCUCCAGAACAAGGUGGGCGGGCGGGGCUGA